GCGUCGCGCGAGACGAAUUGAACGCCGAAGGUCCGCUCGAGCGCAGUCGUGUUUCUCGCUCAGCUUUGGCGCUUUUCUGCGUGUUAUUGCUUCGGUUUAGUUCAUUUUUAUCAUUUUUUAAAUAUUAUUUACACGAGUAACUCUCAGUUACGGACAUAUAUAUAUUUAUACAUACAUCAUCCCGUCGUUUAUGAUGAUUUCAGAGCGUCUGGACGGAGUGACUUGGACUGCUAGCCGGCUAACUAGCUAAAUAACAGGGCUGAAUCUCGGGAUCAGUGUGCGUGUGGAUGGAAAACCCCGGGGUGUAGGUCGGGUUAAAAAAAACAAAAGGGACGAGACGGAUUAUUGGUGUGCGACAUGUAUUUUCUAACAGGGUGGCCGCGGAGGCUUCUCUGCCCGCUCCAAAGCGCCGAAGAUCCCUUCCACAUCCAGGCGAGCUCGCAGCGCUUUUACUUCGCCGUGCUGUCGGAUACACAGCUCAGCAUCUGGUUCAGCAGGCCCGGCGUUCUGAUAGCGAGUUAUAUCGAAUCGGAGAAGGCAGCCGCUCAGUUUGGUUUCUAUCAGCAGGCCGAAUGGAAGCCGGAUGACUCCAUGAUAGCAGUGGCGGCUGCUAAUGGAUACGUGCUGCUGUUCGACAUCAUCGGCGGUGGAGAUGAGAAAUAUCUGUACGAGCCCAUCUACCCGAAGGGUAGUGUGCGUGUGAAGGUUACUCCUGGGUACAAAGAAGAACAGUGUGCUCCUGCUCUCAGUGUGGAAAUGAAGAAACCAGUUGACCUGGAGGCUCCUAUUACCAGUCUCCAGUCUCUGCAGGAAGAUUUGUUGGUAUGUACGGCUGAUGGCUAUCUGCACAUGCUACACUGGGAUGGAGUGUGUAACGGCCAAAGAGCUGUGAACCUCAGCACCAUUCCUUUCUCUCUGGACCUGCAGUCUUCACGCGGUGGGCCGUGUUUGGAUCUAAAUGGCAUCCACAUCCAAGAAAUGGAGUACUGUAUGACGUUGGACGGUUUCGCCGUCGUACUCGAUGACGGAAGGCUCGGCUUCAUCACGCCGAUCGCUAACCGGUUUCCCACCGAGCAGUUGCAGGGCGUGUGGGCAGCGGAUGUGACCGACGGCACGUGUGUCGCCGUGAACAACAAAUACAGACUGAUGGCUUUCGGCUGUGCGAGUGGCUCCGUGUUGGUCUAUAUGAUCGACAACACUACAGGAUCUAUGCAGCUGUCUCACAAAUUGGAGUUAAGCCCCAAACACUACCCAGAUAUCCAUAAUAAAACAGGUCCAGUUAAACUAAUCCAUUGGUCUCCGGACUGCAGCGUCGUCAUGGUGACCUGGGCGUGUGGAGGUCUGUCUAUGUGGAGUGUGUUUGGAGCUCACCUGGUGUGCACGCUCGGAGAGGACUUCACGUAUCGAUCGGAUGGCAGUAAGAAGGAGCCGUUAAAGAUCAGCUCUAUGAGCUGGGGAGCAGAAGGGUAUCACUUGUGGGUGAUUGGCAGUACGGAGGUGUGCACAGAGCAGUCUGCACAGUUAAAGCAGGCCUCCAUCCUGCAGUUUCAAUUCAUCAAGAGUGCACUCACAGUCAAUCCCUGUACGAGUAAUCAGGAGCAGGUGCUUCUCCACGGUGAGGAUCGACUUCUGAUGACGUGUGGAGAUGCUGUUCAGAUCCACAACCAGGAGCAACACUCAGCACGGAGCACAACACACACACAACUCAGCACUUUACUGGGACACAAACACUGGCACGUAGUGCAGAUUCAUAGCACAUAUCUCGAAACAAACUGGCCAAUAAGGUUUGCAGCUAUAGACUCGGCAGGUCAGUGUUUGGUUGUAGCGGGGAGACGCGGAUUUGCACAUUACUCAUUAUAUACCAGGAAAUGGAAACUGUUUGGAAACAUUACACAGGAACAGAGCAUGGCUGUGACCGGAGGUCUCACCUGGUGGAAUGACUUUGUCGUUGUUGCCUGUUACAACUUCAUCGACCAGCAGGAGGAGCUGAGGUUAUAUCUCCGCUCCUCGAACCUCGACAACGCUUUUGCCAGCGUUACAAAGCUGCAUGCUGAAACUUUGCUGCUCAACGUGUUCAGAAACACGAUCAUUUUGUUUCGCACCGACUGCUCCAUCUGCCUUUAUAGCAUCGAAAAGAAGCAAGAUGGCUCUUCAGUUUCUGUAGAUUUACUACAGGAAGUGUCCAUGUCACGUUAUAUUCCUCAUCCUGCCCUGGUGGUUUCAGUCACACUCACUUCAGUCAGAACAGAGACCGGAAUGUCACUGAAAACCCCACAGCAGGCAUGUAAUGCAGAAAGUAUUUUGUUGAAUUUGGCCGGCCAGCUCAUUAUGCUUCAGAGAGAUCGGUCCUGCCCACAGGUGCGAGACAAGGACACAACAGCCAGUCAGAAAACCCUGCUGCCUUUUUCUCCACCUGUGGUUCUCGCUCAGUGUGUUGAGAGCGUGUGGGCCUCUAGUCAUUAUGGUUCUAAGAAGCGCCACCUGGUGGAGGCUCUGUGGCUCUCGUGCGGCGAGUCGGGGAUGAAGGUGUGGCUCCCUCUCUUUCCGCGCCGCGAGAACCGCAAGCCACAUUCAUUCCUCUCGCGCCGCAUCAUGCUGUCGUUCCUCCUCGACAUCUACCCUCUCGCUGUGCUGUCGGAGGACGCUCUCGUUUUGGGUGCUGCUAAUGACACUCUUCUUUACGAUUCUUCGUUUUCCUCCAAAGAUGGUCUCAGUGGAAAUUCGGCCUCUCUGGAUGGUACCGGAGUAGAUGCCUCCACCAAAGAAAGCCUUUCCCGCAGACCCUCUGUGCUUUCUUUGGCUCGGGAGCCCCCCGAGUCAUUUUUUCCGUUCUGUUUGGUAGAAAGGACUUCACAGAUUUACCUCCAUCACCUCCUCCGUCAGCUGCUGGUGAGAAACCUGGGCGAGCAGGCCUUAUUGUUGGCUCAGUCAUGUUCCUCACUGCCUUAUUUCUCACACGUGUUGGAGCUGAUGGUGCAUGUUGUGCUGGAGGAGGAAGCAACAUCUCGUGAGCCCAUUCCCGAUCCACUGCUGCCCACCGUGGCCAAGUUCCUGGCUGAGUUCCCCCUGUUCCUGCGCACAAUCGUCCACUGCGCCCGCAAGACCGAGUUCAACCUCUGGAAUUACCUGUUUGCUGCAGUCGGGAACCCAAAAGAUCUUUUUGAGGAGUGCAUCAUGGCCCGAGAUCUGGACACGGCAGCUUCCUAUCUCAUCAUACUUCAGAACAUGGAGGCUCCAGCAGUGAGUCGUCAGCACGCUACUCUCCUCUUCAACACGGCACUCGAACAAGGAAAAUGGGAUCUCUGUCGUCACAUGAUCCGAUUCCUCAAAGCUAUUGGCUCAGGGGAGAGCGAGACUCCACCCACAACUCCGACCAGUCAAGAGCCCAGCUCUACAGGAGGUUUUGAGUUUUUCCGUCAUCGCAGCAUCAGUCUGUCUCAGUCGGCGGAAACUGUUUCUGCAGGAAAAUUCAAUUUGCAGAAAACCUUCAGCAUGCCUUCAGGACCUUGCACUAAAGGUAAGGAGAGCGACAGUGCUGAGAACAUGUACAUCGACAUGAUGUUAUGGCGUCACGCACGACGUUUGCUGGAGCAGAUCCGUCUGAAGGAUCUCGGCAGUUUCUCGGCACAGCUUGGCUUCGAGCUGAUCGGUUGGCUGACCAGAGAGCGCACGCGCGUCGCUCGAAUUGCCGACUUUGUCUCCGCCCUCAAAUGCCUCCAUAACGACUUCCUGUGGCCUUUUCCUGUUCUGCCCGCCGGCUCACCUCUGAAAAACGGACGCGUGUGUCGAACAGUGUUGAGCGCACGUCUUUUGAAGUCUCGGUCUAACGAUAGCUUAUUAAAUAGCGAUAUGGACACAGCACCACCUCAGAUCGCAACCAAUCACAAUUGGUUAGACAGACUGGGGGCAGAGCCUAAAGAGAUUGACUCCACCUCCUCUCAUGGUGCUCCGCAAACACAAGAAGCCUUUCUAUCUCCUCUUAUCAAUAAAACGGAGGAGUGCAGUAUCGGCUCAGCCACAGAUCUGACUGAGACGAGUUCCAUGGUGGAUGGUGACUGGACGAUGGUGGAUGAGAACUUCUCUACACUGAGCCUCAGCCAGUCAGAGCUGGAGCACAUCUCCAUGGAGCUGGCCAAUAAGGGACCCCACAAGUCCCAGGUGCAGCUGAGGUACCUGCUGCAUGUGUUUUUAGAAGCAGGAUGUUUGGAAUGGAGCAUUGUGAUUGGUCUGAUUCUGCGUGAUGUCAGCAUCAUUAAGCAGGUUUUGGGUUAUUUGGAUGCCGCGGAUACGGAAACGGUUCAGAGUGUACAAGCCGGACUCAUCGCUAUUGAUCAGUGGGCUUCAUCUGACUGUCUGGGUUAUAAGCCCUUUCUGAACCUCGUUGCUCCUGAGCUGCAGAAGCUGUGCGACGUCUCCGAGGAUCAGGUCCAGCUCGACACAUUUCAGCCGUCCGUCUCCAAGAUGGCCGACCCAGUUCUCCCCCGAGUGGAGGAGCAUCGCGGGGUCGCAGCCUUCACCCUUCCCAUGACUCUCGAGAUCCCUGCCGGCUCGGCGCCUCGUAUUAUGGAGGACAACCACAAGGAGGAAUCGGAGGAUGAGGCAGCUGAUGAGGGCGCUUAUGACUGCACGCUCUCGUGAUUCGAGAGAGCCAGGAAUCGGCGGGAUCUGGAUUCCUCUCCGUGUCCUUAUCCACCUUAGAUGCUAGCGUUGUUAAAAAAAAAAAAAAAAAAAAAAGAACGGGCACACGGUGCAUUAUGGGUCGCGGUAUGAAGCGCAGGCAGAAGGCGGGAACUUUGUCUGGGUUUCAGUUGCACAACUUCAUGUGUCGGGGUGUAUGAGGGGGACACUACAGAGAGAACGCAGGAUCCGGUUUUAGAUUAGGAAUUGCGCUUUUUUUUUUAUUCACCAUGUAGGGCUCGCAUCAUGUUCACAUGGCACAGAGGUGGUGUUCAGUAGGAAAAAACUGGACAUCAUAAAUACCGGGAGAAAAUCUGGAUCAGUACAGAUCAGUGUUACAAAAACACUUCUGAUACAUGAGUGUAUGGCAGCAAGAGACAAACAAUUUGCUUGAAAUCCACACAUCUGUAUUUAUUUUCUUGCUUAAAAUCCAGCACAGCUGUAUUUCAGGGCUCAAGAGUUGCUUAUUUUAAAAGCCAUGGUACCAGAUCAACUGUGGUCCAAUAUCAAAAUGUUUAGUUACGUAGCCAGGAUAUUCGGACACGUGACCUAAUUUGCAUUGGUCACUUUCAAAUUGUGAAUGUUUUGUUAAAAUUGUAAAUUGAUUACUUUAAAAUUUCCGAACCAAUCGAUAAUGACUUUUGCAAGAAGUUACGAUUUCAGAAGACGUUUAACAUUUCGAUCUCUCGCUUGUCCACGAUUCUGAACGGAUUUGUUACAUCAGCGAUGGAGAAGGCGGUAAAAUCGUGCGUUAACUGAACACCACCUGCUUCCUGACAACUUCUCGUCUCCUCAAGAGAAAGAGAAAACCGCCUGUGUGGGAUGACGUGUGGCCUACGUGGUGAAUAAGGUGGACACGGGACAGUGUAGGACGUUUAUAGGGAAUGCUGCAGUUCUGUCUCUUUAGGAUGAUUUCACAUCCAUCCAGACUGCGCUCUGUGUGUGUGUGUGUCCUGUGUUCUAACACCAGUAUUAUUGAUCUCUAUGAGAGGAGGCUGUAUUUCCGAAAUGAAUUGUAAAUUUAGUCCCUUCAUUGCGAAGCGAAGGAUAAAAGGAAUAACAUUUUGGAAAUCCCCACACCAUUAGUUCAUCCAAAUGGCUAGGUUGCUGCUAGGGCUGGGUUAAUUAGCAUAUUAGCAUAAAUAUAUAUAUAUUUUUUUCUUCAAGCCCUUACACCAAAAGCCGGAGAACGACUUUUACGACGCAUUUUAAAAGGUCAGAUUUUAUUUGCAUGUGCAGAAGUUACACGUCACACAGGCUGCAUCCAGGUGAACCUUCACCUGGCUGAUAAAUAAAUUGAUUCAAAAAUCUCAGGUUUGGGAAUUAAUAGGAAAAAUGAGGUUUUGUAUUUGCAUGACAUAAUUAUUGUUGAUAUUAUUAACAUGGAGGUGCGUCAUCCACGAACAUUCGCUAAGGGUUUUGUAACAAAAUACUUUUCUCUGCACCCUUGUGCACAAUAUUCAACAAUUUCUUGUAGCCAUAAGACAAACUAGAGCGAUCCUGAGAUGUUUUUAUUCCAAUAAAUGAUGUAAUGAGGAAACGUUGGGCAAUGAAAAGUCAGUACAAAUCUUUCAACUCCAUUCAGUGACAUUAGUAUCUUAUAGGGGGUUCUAGAUGCUCAGAUAUGUGAUAAUCACAAGAUUAAAGGAAUAUAUCCGGAUAUCAGGAUCGGAUUCCCCAGCCUUACGCCAGGUCGCACACGCAAUGACGGAUCACUUGACUUGUUUGCAUUCCCACUUUCAUUCCAGCAGCAGUCGUGCUUCAGCUCCUGCACAGCCUGCACCCUUAUUUCCAUGGUGUACUGAUGUUUUAUUUUUAUUUUCUCCUCCUCUGCGUUUGUUUACUCUUCUCACUUUAUAUUAACAGAAGAGCCAAUUUGGAUGAAUUAGAUGUUUUGAGUGGUUGUUUUUUUUUAUUUUUAAUCGACUGAGAAUUUCUAAUACCUCAUGUAAUAAUGCAUCUUCUGUUUUUUUGCUCGUGCUUGGAGAGCACCGAUAUGCAAGUUACAUGUGCUGUGCGUUUGUGGUUAAAAAAAAAAUUUACAGCUUCGUCUUUUUUGGAAUAUAAUCUCUAUAUCCAGUCACGCGAUCUGAUACGGCGCUCCGUCACAGACAGGGUGUGUGUACAGUUCGGUAUAUUUAGCUCUGUAUUCAUUUUUUCCGGGUCUCUGAGUGAGCUCAUUAUGGCCUCUUUGUGUUUAUUCACUAUCGUAAAUUUUUUUUUUUUUAAUUGCUUCUCGCACUGCCCUGCGCAUGUUAAGUAUUAAUCCGGAUUAUUUAUCAUGAGACAAAACUCGGAAUGAGGGCUGUGAACUUACAAUCCGCUGCAGUGUGAGAGCGCAUUGUUAAUAUUAUUUGGUUUUCGCUUUGCUCAGGAGUUUGCGUCGGUACUCUAAGAGCUCGUUAUAGCAAGGUACAUAAAGCAGAAGCAAAAGAACACUGUACUGUUGAGACUGAUGUGCUCUUAAUUGGCCCAUGAUGAGGUAAUAGUGUUAUGUAAAUUUAAAAAUAUGGAGAUUUAUUCUAGAUGGAAAAUAUUUGCUGUUACAGUUCAAUCCCUUGCCUUGCCUAAGAGACAGAGGCGGCUCAAAUCGCAUCGAAACCUGGAACUGGUUCGUUUCGUGGUCACUUCAGUAUUAUUAUGGGGUUGCGGAUCCCGUGUGCAAUGAUAACACAGCAACUCGGGUUCGGCUCUCGAGCUCGACCAUGUGCUCCGUGUGGACCAAUCGGAUGGGUUCUCGCUGCUCUUCAGGCCAAACAGCGGUUUAUUGUCCUGCAAGUAUACAGAGGCUCGUUAGCAGAGUUUCCUGGUGCUUGUUGCAUCUCGGUUCUUUUUUUUUUUUUUCUUCCUCCUCCUUUCCCACAGUGUGUAAUAAUAUAGUAUUCUGCUUAGUCUGCUUACCAAAGACGUGAUGUAGACCCACAUGCAGCUCUGAGCUGCUCUGAUUAUGCAAAUUAAAUUUGGGAUUCGUUCUCCCUCUUUUUUUUCCCGUUUAAAAACACUCAUGACUCCAUCGGUUUUCUCCUGCGUCUUGUGUUAAUGCUAAACAUACAAAAUAGUGCAAUGGAGGAAUAAGCGAACAUGUGCGUUUUUAUAAUCAUUUCACUUGUUCUCAAUGAAAGGGCACGGUACUUAUUUCACAUAGGACUUUUCUGAACACAAGCAGAAAACAGACUGUGUGUGUGUGCGUGUGUGUGUGAGAGGGGUUGAUGUAAUCGAUGGUGCAGGACGCAGUUCUGCAUCAGGAUCAUGUGUGUAUAUUAUAAUGACACAUUCUUGUACAAUUCACUUUUUCUACCAAGUUUCUAGAGCUUUUCCUGUACAUAAAGAACAAUAAAUUAUUUUUAAAAGCA